UCUUCUCCUGUUGAAGAAAUGCAGUGGUGCAAGAUGCAGAUCUUUGUGAAAACCCUCACCGGCAAAACCAUCACCCUUGAGGUGGAGCCCAGUGACACCAUUGAGAAUGUUAAGGCCAAGAUCCAGGAUAAGGAGGGCAUCCCCCCUGACCAGCAGAGGCUGAUCUUUGCCGGAAAGCAGCUGGAAGAUGGCCGCACCCUGUCCGACUACAACAUCCAGAAAGAAUCCACACUCCACCUGGUCCUCCGUCUCAGGGGUGGCAUGCAGAUCUUCGUCAAGACCCUCACCGGCAAAACCAUCACCCUGGAGGUUGAGCCCAGUGACACCAUUGAGAACGUCAAGGCCAAGAUCCAGGAUAAGGAGGGCAUCCCCCCUGACCAGCAGAGGCUGAUCUUUGCCGGAAAGCAGCUGGAAGAUGGCCGCACCCUUUCUGACUACAACAUCCAAAAAGAAUCUACCCUCCACCUUGUUCUCCGUCUGAGGGGUGGCAUGCAGAUCUUUGUCAAGACCCUCACCGGCAAAACCAUCACCCUGGAGGUGGAGCCCAGCGACACCAUUGAGAACGUCAAGGCCAAAAUCCAGGAUAAGGAGGGCAUCCCCCCUGACCAGCAGAGGCUGAUCUUUGCUGGAAAGCAGCUGGAAGAUGGCCGCACCCUGUCUGACUACAAUAUCCAAAAAGAAUCCACCCUCCACCUUGUUCUCCGUCUGAGGGGUGGCAUGCAGAUCUUCGUCAAGACCCUCACCGGCAAGACCAUCACCCUGGAGGUUGAGCCCAGCGACACCAUUGAGAACGUCAAGGCCAAGAUCCAGGAUAAGGAGGGCAUCCCCCCUGAUCAGCAGAGGCUGAUCUUUGCCGGAAAGCAGCUGGAAGAUGGCCGCACCCUGUCUGACUACAACAUCCAGAAGGAGUCCACCCUUCACCUGGUCCUCCGUCUCAGGGGUGGCAUGCAGAUCUUCGUCAAGACCCUCACUGGCAAAACCAUCACCCUGGAGGUGGAACCCAGCGACACCAUUGAGAACGUCAAGGCCAAAAUCCAGGAUAAGGAGGGCAUCCCCCCUGACCAGCAGAGGCUGAUCUUUGCUGGCAAGAGCUGGAGGAUGGCCGCACCCUUUCUGACUACAACAUCCAGAAAGAAUCUACCCUCCACCUUGUUCUCCGUCUGAGGGGUGGCCAGUAAAUGAGUUCAAUAUUUUAUUCACUUAACAUGACAAAUGCACCUAAUAAAGUGAGAUCACAAUAAAU